UUCAAAAAAUUUGUUAUAAAAAUUUGUUAUAAAAUUUUCAGUGAAAGUUAGAUAAAAUACUUGAGCUUAACGAUAAACAAAAUUUUUAUACCCGAUUGAUUCGCAAAAUUAUUGAUUAAAAGGAAUAAAGGGGUGAUAUCUAAAAUGCCUAAAUCGUUUUCUGUGAGGCUUAAGUUUGAGAAUAAAACUCACAUCCUUGAUAAUUUGACGAAGAACACUACAAUCGGAAUUUUCAAGUUGCGUAUUGGUUUACUUGUAUUUAAAAAUGUGAAGAAUUUGUUGGUGUUCAUGGGUUAUCCUCCACGUUUGCUGGAUCUAUCUCGAAAUGCUGAUGACCUGAAUUCUUUAGGAAUAAACAAAGACAUAACGUUAGUCUUGGAACAGAUGGAGCCUGAAGAUGAGGAUGUAAAACUUGAAGAUACUGAGGUUAUGGGAAUGCAUAGGAAAAAGCUGUUUUUACCCGAUCGAAUGGUUCUUACUGAUAAGAAAACUAUUGGGUUAUUCGUACGUCAACAAAUAGCACGAAAUGCAUCGAGUCUGUUCACUAGCAUACGCUAUGCCAUCACUGGUAGAAUUAAUGAAAAAGCAUCUGAAGAAAUGAGGGAAAUGGUUGCACUAAAAAUCGCCUCUCAACCUGAAAGAUUUAAUAGAAAAGCAUUGGGAAUGACGAAUGUCAAUUAUCGUCAAUGGAUAUUGAAUCCAAGCUCUUGUGGCGGUAGGGUGGAGUGUAGUAUAUUUGCAGAAUACUAUAAGACGGAAAUCGAUGUUGUGCAUGUAAAUGAAGGAGUAGUAUAUAGGUUUGGGGAACGUCUCAAUUUUACUCGUCGUAUGUUCCUUACUCAAAAAAACUCUCAUUAUGAUGUUCUCUAUAUGACUUAUGCUAAUAGUUCCUUGCGCAGAACACUUUUUCCUAUAACCGAAGUUGGCGUAUACGCACAAGCACUUAAGUUUGCAAAGAAGAAGAAGUUCCAAAAGCGAAAUCAAAAGUUUCGCUUCAGAAACGACACAUUGUACCAUGUUCGUAGCAAACUAAGUGAAGUGAAAAUGACCAAUCUUUUCAAAAAGACUAAAACAAGCCUUGAGUGUGUGCAAACAGCUGUAAGUCAAAGUGAAGACGUUAACGUAGAAGAAUCAGAUACUGAUGACAGCUUAAUAACACCAAAUACAAGAGAAAACACCAACGCUAAUUCACAGCAAGCUCUAAUACAAUAUAGUUACUCCAUGCAAGAUAGAAAUGCCUCUGAGGAUUGUAUUAUCAAAUCAAAAAUUUCACAUCAGUAUGUGGAAAAUGAAAGCUGUGUAAAGGAAGUUGAAGAGGAGACAGAAGUUGUGCAAACAUCUGUGAAACAAUGUCAUUUCCAACAAGUCGGUCAUACCAAGAGCAUUCUAAAAAAAGCGGUUAACCAUUUUCAAUAAUCGUUUUACGCUUUCCCCACAGUAAAUCUCGAAUUUUCAUACUAAGCAGCACGACAUGAAGAGUUCUUAAAAAUAUAUAGUCUUUUUUAAAUAUUUUUUAUUAAU